GUAAUACAGGAUUUUCUAGAAAUGCAUAGCAUAACCAAAGCAGUCAGAAUAAAGCAGAACAUUGUGUUUUUGUCUAUAAAAAUGAUCAAAUAUAAUUUGUUGUUGGAAACAUAAUAUCAAUCUGCUCUUUUUAAGAAAUUAGAUUAUUCGUUGAGAUGGAGUUUUUUGUCGGUGUGUUGGUCAGACUGCAAUGUGAAAGAAUGAUUACAAACUGUAAUAUAAAAAUAAGGAUGAUGAAAUGCCUGAAUAUUUACAGUGCACCUUAAUGAUCUAAAAGAGGUCUGUCAAAUCAAACUGAUGUCAUUUAUGGGCAGACAACAAUUUGAUUUAGACCAAUUAAAUAGCACACAGCUAACAUUGAACUCAGAAUAGAUUAUUGUGAAGCCUAACCAUAGAUACUAAAGAUAAUAAAGUUGCUUGAAAAAGGUUUGUUAUGCUGGGUUUUUUUUUUGCCAAAAGUAGCUUCUUCAGUUUCAACGUCGUUUUGCCAGACAACAGAAGAAAAACACAAAGAGCAGCAAAACAAAAGGAAGUUCAGAAGAACAUGAGACCAGGCUGGGUCACAUUCCUCUGGACAAAAGCUGGUUACAAGGUUCCAUUCUUGUGGAAUGAAGUCUGUGAGCGUAUUGGGACUAAGAGCAGUUUUACAAAAUGAGGACUUUUUGUCAAGUUCUCACCUCUUCAAAGGAUUGUUUGAUCCAGACUGGGUUUUAAGUUUCAGGUUAGAAUCAGUCCAUUCCCUGGAGGAUGAGACUGACAAUCAGUUUCCAGGCAGUGAUGAGAAGAUGAUUUCUGGACCACCCACUCAAGAGCUGGACUGUGGGAAGUAUGAAGGUGGAACUUGCACCAAGCAAUUUGAUCCAGUAUGUGGCAGUGAUGGAAUCACCUACAGCACCGAGUGUGUUCUCUGCCAGCAGAACAGCAAAGAGAUGAAGAAUGUGAAAGUGGCAAGCAAAGGACCAUGCCAUCCUUAACUGCGCAGUGAAACACACACAACACACAGCUGUGUAAUAGGCAGGUCAUAUUAAUUCCUGUAUCUUGCCUUCUUAAUAAAGUUACAUGUUGCAACAUG